AUGAGCAGCGGACUGAUUACUUUGGGUGGAAGUUCAGUGUUGAUAUUACAGAACGAAUCAACACUUAAAACAAAUUCUGGUACUUCAAUGAGUUCUAAAGCGACAUUUAAAAUGCACGACAAUGCAACUUUCAAAUCUUUUAAUACUUUUCAAAUGUAUGAAGAUGUGAUUUUUGUGACUUCUGGGUUUUCAAGAGUAGUUAUGAAUGUGUCUACUAACAACUUGGUAGUACCUGAAAUUUCAUUGACAACCAACGCAAUGAUUAUACUCAAUGAUUAUUCUUAUUAUUAUUCAUAUUGUUCACUGAAAUUGUAUAUUAACUCAUCAUUUACUCUUAAUAGACAUGGUGUUGCUCAAAUUAACAAUUCAGUUGAAUUGCGAGACACUAGCAAAUUAAUACUAAAUGACCAAUCUGAUUUAACAUUGAUAUCAGUGACUUUAUAUUCUUCUUCUUCUAUCAAAAUAACAGGAAGUGCGACAUUUGAAACAAUGAAUACAAUACUAUUUGUGGACAGUUCAAGUCUCAAUGUGAGUGAUUUUAGUGUUAUUGUUAUGAAUUAUGCGGGUUUCAGUGCUUUGAGAUCACUACAAGCGACUGGGAACGCGUUAUUUGUUGUUGACAGAUUUGUCUUGUCAGAUGAUGCUCAAAUUACAGCCAACAAAAACACGACAUUUGAAAUAAACAAUUUGACAAUGAAUAGCAACACCAAAAUAUUCUUGAGAGAAAGGUGUAGUGUUAACAUAAACGUGUUUAUGACACUCACAGCUAAUCCAGUAUUAGAGAUGUAUGACGAGUCCGUAGUUGUUGUUAAAGAUGUUGGUGUGUUAUCUCAAGCAACAAUAAGACUGUACAACACUAGUUAUAUUGGUGCCACAAAUCGAUUUUUAGUUGAUGGCAGUUCGACUUUGAAUGUCUGGAAUUCCUCAGUUGUAAAUGCAGUGAAUUUUACAGUGAGUGGUAAUGCCAAAGUGUAUUUAUAUGGCAGCUCAAAAUUGAUUGCUACAAAUAUUGUGUUUCUUACUGGAAGCACUCAAAUUCGUGUCUAUUCCAACUCACUUUUUAAAACACAAAAUAUGAAUAUGACCACUGGCGCUUCAAUUUAUUUGGAAGGAAAUAUGGACGAAAAAGAAGUUGAAUUGAUGACAUCUCUUGAUACUCAAAAUUAUAAUAUUUACAUUACCGGAAAUGCCUGGGCAGAAGCUGAAAGUUGUUUGUUUAAUGGAGGGACAUUUAAUGUGCACGAAAGAACUAUACGAGACAUUCCACUUAUUCAAACUACCGUUUUAUUUUUUUCAAACGUAAAUACAAUUGUUUCUGAAUAUGAUUUUGAUAUCGCUUUCUCAAAAAACGAGAGUCCAAUCAUUUUUACAGCACACGAGUCGUCGACACCACUGAAAGACAACAAAUUGAUACGAUAUGGACACUCUACAAGAAUAUACUGCCAUUUAGUAGACACGUCGAAUAACACGUAUAGGUAUUUGGAAAGUUAUUGCCCGUGUGAUGACGAUGACAAAUAUACGUGUUAUAUCACCCCAUUGAAAGAAGUGACUGCAAUGCGAGUUGAUAUUGAAAACAUCAAAGAGUCAAAUUCAAUAAAAAUGAACAGAAUACAUUUAAAUUAUAAGAGUGAAGAAGGCAACAUGGGAGAAAUUAACAACGAAAAUAUAUACAUUGGUGAACAACAAAAAAAGAUUUGUGUUGUAAAAACAGACAAUUUUGUGUUGUACAUCAAAAACAACAAUUUAAUUCCAAUAGAAAUUGAAAAUGUCACAAAACGGGUGUUGUUGAUUUCACAUUCUUUGAUGCAGAUCAAUAACAAACAAUGCCAAAUAUGUCAUCUAAAAACAUCGACAGUUGAAUGUACCCAAUGUGUCAACACAUGUGAAGACAACUUUUAUGAUGUCACAACUAAAAGUUGUGUUGAUUGCGUCGACUUAAAUUGCGAAAAAUGUUCUUUCAAUGCAAACAGUUGUUUUAAAUGUAAAAAGGGUUAUUAUCCAGUGAAUGGUAAAUGUGUCAGUAAUACUAAUUGUCAACUUGUUGUAUCAAGGAGUUGCAUAAAAUGUAAAGAUAAGUUUGUGUUGCAAGAUGGAAUAUGUGAAAUAAACAAUGACUGUAUUUUGUUGAGAAGAGAUGGGUUAUGUGCGAUCUGCAAUACAACUAAAAACACAUUAAAUAAAGACGGAAAUUGUGUUGAAAUAGAACAAGCGGAAGUGAUCAAUCAAAAGAGUGUUAUUUCAUGCAAUAGUGGAUAUCUCACAAAUACAACAACAUGCAUCAAAUGUGGAAAUGUGUACCCAAACACUUUAAUUUAUGAAUACCAAAAGUCGACAAAAUGUGACUCGUUAAGUGAAAUGAACACCAACAAAACAUGCGAGUUGACCAAUUGCGAACAUCCAAAUGAUUUAAACGGCAAAUGUACAAUUGAGUUAUUAAAUUGUCAAAGUGUUUUAAACUCCAAAUGUGUUGAAUGUCCAAAUGAAAUGCUUUUAAAUGGUGAAACAUGUAUUUUGAAUGAUGAUGAAAAGUGUAUUAAAACGUACACAAGUGGCUGUGCUAGAUGCGCAUUUGGGUUUUAUUAUAAUUUAAUGACACAAAGAUGUGAAAAAUGCGACUCAAAUUGUGAGACGUGUUAUUAUAAUUCGACGUUCUGUAUGAGUUGUCGAAGUGGUACAUUUUUGAGUGAACACAGUUGCAUUACAAAUGAAGAUUUAAGAGACAUUUGUAUGCAAUUUGUGCCAUCCGGAGGGUGUGUGAAGUGUGUAAAUGGCUAUUACAGAAACAGACUUUUUUGUGAUAAAUGUGAUGUAAAAUGUGAGAGUUGCUACAACACUCAAAAGUGUCUCACUUGUAACACUACAAAUUACAUGACGAUUAAUAAUGAUUGUAAGGCACAAAAUUUGAUAGUUGGUUGUCAAGUUGAAGUCACUCGAAAUGGGUGUUCAAAAUGUGAAGACAGUUACUUCCAAAUCAAUCAAAACGAAUGUGAUGUGUGUGACACAAAUUGCAAAACGUGUUCUUCGAAGCAAAUGUGUUUAUCAUGUGAUCCAAGUCGGGUUUUGAUAAAUUCAAUUUGCACUGAAAUUUCUUCGAUACUUGAUUGUAACAAAAUUGAAGAUUCCAAAUGCACAAAAUGCUCGUUUUGGAAAGCACCAAAUGAAGAAGGCACUGCAUGUGAUUUAAAGGCGGUAUGGUGGGUGCUCUUGUUUGUGAUUGUCAUAUCAAUUUUAGUCGUAAUUUUGAUUAUCGCAGUUGUGGUAGUUACAACUAAUCAUAUCAUUACAAAGAUUCACCAAAAUGAAGUUGAGAAAAUGACGACCAUCUUUCCAAUGAAGCGAUCAAACGUCCAAUUCAAAGUUGUUUCAAAUGGCGUUUGUGUGAGUCCAAGUGAAAUCAACUUGAAUUCCGAAAUAGAAGAACUUCCAAUCAACACAGAAGAAAAAAUCUUGUUCUGUGUUGGAAAUACAAAAGAACGCACAUUGAAAAUCCAAUUCUCUCUUAAAAGUGAUCAAACCAAAUUUGCAAUAAGAACGGAGCCUGAAAUAGUUGUAUUAAAGAAAGGGUUUGCAUGUGAAUUUACACUGAUUAUAACACCAUUUUGCACAUCUAAAAUCGACACAACAAUUCUCAUCAUUUCCAAAUCACUUCAAAGUGGCAAAGAGAGUUUUGAUGAAAUACGAAUGAGUGGGGUAACAGCACAAUCAACUCGAAUUGAUCCAGACGAAAUCAUUGAAGAGAAGAAACUCGGGGAGGAUCCUUUGGUAUCGUGUCUAAAGGCACAUUCAGAGGCAAUCGAGUUGCCAUUAAAAAACUGA